AUGAUUAUUUUAAAUAGUGGUUUAAAAAGAAUACAGAUUGGGGCGGGGGGCACAUCCCAGGUGGGGCCAGUAGUAAAGAAUCCGCCUGUCAAUGCAGGAGUCAUAAGAGACACAGGUUCCUUACCUGGGUCAGGAAGAUCCCCUGGAGAAGGGCAUGGCAACCCACUCCAGUAUUCUUGCCUGGAGAAUCCCAUGGACAGAGGAGUCUGCUGGGAUACAGUCCGUGCGGUCACAAAGAGUCGGACAAGACUGAAGCGACUUAGUACACACGCAGAUAAGGAGGAGAUGAAAAUAACAGAUAAUAAAGAGAGGCAGGUAUGGACAACAAUGGUGAGCUAA